UGGCGUGUACGUCGCCAAGGAAACGUUGUCGCGGAGGUCGAGCGAAAUCAUGACUUCAAAUCCACUAGUUUACAAGCAUAAAGAUGCUAAGUGCCACCCAGCACUUCAGAUCUUGAUGCUAUUUUUUGCAGUAUUGAUAUUCUAUCACUCCCAUUAUUUACACAUUGGCUUCUUCGUCCCAGCAAGUUCUCUGCAUCUCUCCAACGAUUUCGCUUACUCGUACUUCGCAUACACGUUGAGUUACGUUCUGACGAUAGUACCAGCUGGUAUAAUAGCCACCAAUUGGAGCGCCAGGACACUUUUAUGGCUGAGCCUUGCCAGCAUCGGUGUAUUGAACGCGAUUCAAACAGUCCCAAAAAUUGCUCUCAUCAAGACGGAUCCAGGCUCCCGGUUAAGCAUAUUGAUUCAUUUACUUUAUGGGCUAAGCGAAGCGCCGGUUCUACCGUGCGUUUACGUGCUCUUGUCGCGCAUGAUAUCGUCUAGGUAUCGGACGACUGCUGCCUCGGUGGUUUUAUCCGCGAAGCACUUGGUCGCACUCUUUAUUCUUGGUAUUGCGCUCCUUACAAAUAUAAUCAAAACUGACGACUCGGUACACGACCGAACAUACAUUAUUCUCAGAUAUUUCGUUGUGAUCUGGGCUUUCUUGUACUUGUGUGUGGUAUCGAACUACGACCCGCAAUUCGUGAAUGAAGCUCCGUGGUUCAAGCCACGAAUACCAUGGAGAUCGAUACUGUCGUCGUGGCCCGUCUGGACUUUGAUAGGGUCUCAUGGGACUUUCUUCGAUUUGCAUGAAUUGGCCCUUUUCGAGUAUCCGUACGAAUUACGGGACGCGCUGUUUGUCGCUAAGAGCACAUCCCUGACGAUGUCGAUCUUGCUGCUGGGUGGGGUGGGCUCGGGCUGGCUGUCGGAUGUACUUGUGGCGCGAAAUCGUUUGACAAGAUUCGAAGCGCGAAAAAUUUUCAACUUCCUCGCUACGUGUGUGCCAAUGGCAGGAUUUAUAAUACUGAUGUCAUUCGAGCGAGAUGAAAAUGUUUCUAUCUUUUGGGCAUGCGUGUGGCUCAUUUUGAGAGGAUUAAUCAGCUUUCAGUGCAGUGGUUUUUUGACUAACCACAUGGAUUUGAGCCCGUAUUACGCGGGUAUUCUCAUCGCUCUUACCGCAGCUGCGAAUCAACUAUUCAGAAGUUUUUUGGUGCUGGUAUUGAUCUUAAGCAAAUUCGAUAGAAACUGGAGUAUAUUUUUAAACUAUACAAUAUUCAUUCUCCCUAUUUUUACGAGUAUCUUGUUCGCGAUUUUCGGUAAAGCAAGUAUCCAGAAGUGGAGCCCAGUUCCAUUGUCGCAUCAAAAACUAAAUCAAUUAGACGUGAAGUUUUAGGGGAAAAAAUUGAAAAAAA